GUUAUCGGUUUCUGACCAGUUCAAUCCAAAACAGAAAAAGAUGUCCCUGGCUAGUAGAAUACUGCAACAAGGUUCCCGCUUGUGGAAUGGUCUCAGUGCCGCGCGUGGUUUCCACCUUCUCACCCGGCCGGCGGCUCCUGCAAUUGUAUCAAUUCAAAGCUCGCAACUUGUGGCCGCCACAACUGGAAUCUGUCAGACGUCGGGUCUGCUGACGCCUGGCUCCACUUUGGUCCAGCAGGUGGCGGGAUUCAAGGUCAAGGGACGCCUGAAGCGACGCUGCAAGGACUGCUACAUCGUGGUGCGCCAGGAGCGCGGUUAUGUCAUCUGCCCCACGCAUCCACGCCACAAGCAGAUGUCGAUGAAGAAGCGCGACUACAAGUCGUGGAUCCUGACGCACGCCACCCAAUCCAAGGAGCGCGGCUAUUAGACCUAAUUAGGCAUUAAUAAAAGCAUUUCUUUAAAUAUGUUCAUAAAUAAAUAAAAGAAAAAUAAUCC